UAAGCUUAGUGCUUGAAAUUAGUCUCAUAUCAUCACAAUGUCUACUGAUCUCUCAGUCAUUCUUCCUCGUGUUCUCAUCGUUUCAAGACGAACUGUUCGUAAGAACAAGUUCGUUGAUUUCGUGGGGGAAUAUCACCUUGAUCUUAUAGUAAGCUAUGGCGCGGUACCCGUCAUCGUUCCUCGCGUUUCAGGGGUUCACAUGUUGUUAAACAGCUUCGAACCGAUUCAUGGUGUGCUUCUGUGCGAAGGAGAAGACAUAGACCCUUGUUGGUACGAGCAAGACACUUCAGGUCUUUCCCAAGAAGAGUUAGAUGAAAUCAGAAGGCUUCAUGCGAGUGACACAGCCAUUGACAAAGAGAAAGACUCAAUUGAGUUGAGCCUAGCAAAGCUUUGUCUCGAAAGGAACAUUCCUUAUUUAGGAAUCUGCAGAGGCUCGCAGGUUCUCAAUGUUGCAUGUGGUGGUACCCUUUACCAGGACAUAGGGAAAGAGCUCUCCAAGAACUGCCCAGAAAGCCAGAGAGUGAUGCACAUCAACUACGAUGAUUAUGAUGGUCAUAGACAUGCUGUCACAGUCGUUGAAAACACCCCUUUGCAUCGUUGGUUUCAGGGUUCCUUGGAUGAAAAGAAAAUGGAGAUUUGGGUUAAUAGUUAUCACCAUCAAGGGGUUAAGAGGUUGGCACAACGUUUUAUCCCUAUGGCGUUUUCUUCUGAUGGUUUGAUUGAAGGGUUCUAUGAUCCUGAUGCUUAUAACCCAGAAGAGGGAAAGUUCAUUAUGGGACUGCAAUUUCAUCCAGAGCGUAUGAGAAAGCCCAAUUCAGAUGAAUUUGAUUACCCGGGAUGCCCUUCUGCUUAUAAGGAAUUUGUAAAGGCUGUGAUGGCUUAUCAGAAGAAGCUGAAUAGUUCAACAAGUGUGCCAAAGUCUAUGAAACUUAACAAGGAAAUGGAGAACAAGAGGAAAAUCAUAGUGCGUAGCUUUUCACUGGCGAAAAAUCUUUACACCAUGGGCCGUGUAAAUUGCUCUUCCAAAGAGUCUGAACUUGAAAUUGGAGCAGAAUUUCUGGAGUCAAACACAGCGUUGAGUGUGCAGCAAGAGAAUCGGUUAAAGCAAAUGGGAGCAACAGUUAGGAAUGCAGGGUCAUACGUGGAGAGGCUGAAGCUGAAUGAGGAAAGAGAGAAAAUGGCGAGAAAUGUAAUGGGAAAGAUGUCAGUGGAGCAAUUGUCUGAUCUAUUGUCCUUCUACCACACCAUGGGCCAGAUUUGUUCUGAAGUAUUGGAGAAAAAGCUGCAUGACUUUGUCAUUGACUUUAGUUCAUGAUUUUGUUUCCCUUCUUGUUGCCAUGCAAUAUUUGGUGUGUUUUA